CCCGCCUGGGCCCCGGACUCGGACCUGCGGCGCGGAGCGGAGCGGAGCCGGAGCCUGAGCAUGGAGGGCGGCGGCGCCCGGUCCCGGGCCUGGGUCAUCUUCUCCCGGCAUCUCAAGCGGCACCCGGGACUGAUCCCGCUCAUCAGCUUCAUCAGCCUGGGCAUGGGCAGCGCGGUGCUGUACCUGCUGCGCCUGGCACUCUAUAGCCCCGAUGUCAGCUGGGACCGGAAGAACAACCCCGAGCCCUGGAAUAAGCUGGGUCCCACCGACCAGUACAAAUUCUUUGCCGUCUCCACCGACUACAAGAGCCUGAAGAAGGACCGGCCAGAUUUCUGAGGACCUGGGAUGCCCCCCCCCCGCUUUGCACCUGGAGCCCCCCCACCCUGCAUCCUAACCAGCCCCACAGCAGCAGCUAAGACCCCCCCACGGUGCCACAAUAAAGAGCCCCCCAUGCUGGGAGCUGUGUCUGAUUGCUA